GCCUGUCUGUCUGCCUGAGUCCCAUGAAAUUGGGAAUGGGAAUAGGGAAGGUUGGAGUCGUGGUGGGUGCCUGUCUGUCUGCCUGAGUCCGGUGAAAAGGCCAACUGGGCAGAAGGAAAUUGGGAAUGGGAAUAGGGAAGGCGGGUCGAAGGUGAAGAAGAAGAAGAAGAAAGAGGGAAGCGGGUGUCGGUUGUAGCGGCUGUUGGAGGUCUCUGUGGGUUCUUGGUGCUGGGGGUGAUUGACGCGUGAACGGGGGUUGAAGACUGGUUUAUCGGCGCCAUGGAAAAGGAAACCAAGGAAUGGGGAAAUAAGGAGCAACGUACAAUGUUACAUAUAUUGAGAGUUAUGUUUCCUGAGGUGGAUAUACGGAUCAUAAAGGCGACCGUGCUUGAAGGCAAUGAUAUAGAUGCAGCUGUAGAGUUUAUCCUCACGGAAGUACUUGAGCAACCCUCGACUGCGAAAGAACUCAUAUCUGGAUUCCUUAAGACGGCCGGGGACUCUAGUGGUAAGGAUUCUAUCGAAGUGAAGAGUGUAGACCAUUAUGAAGUCAAAGACCAGAAACUGUUUGACACAAUGAGUGAUGGUGAAAUGACCCUUUCUGCAUUUUUUCGUAAAGCUUCUGACGGAAACCAACUUGUCCAACCAAAAUCUGAAGUGGAAGUUAAGGACGUGUCUGCAAAUAUGGAUGCAACUAUGGCAGAAUCUCUCUAUACGAGCGUCGUGGAUGCUGACAUUGAAACUGAUCAUCCAGGCACUGAUGCUGGGACCAGAAAAUUGGGAGAUCCAUGGUGUGAAGAUGAAAAACGGUUGGAGAAGCACACUAGCAGCCAAGGAAGAGGAUGCGAUUACGACAGCGACGAUGAUUACUCAGAUCUGCCGGAGUUUAAGAGCUUACUAAUCCCCGUGCCGACUGAACAGUUCGACGGCAUGUCAAGGUAUUCAUGUGAAGGCAGUAGUUUGGUGGCAUCUUCAGUUCUGGAAGAGACAUAUGAUGGAUUGUUCAACAGCAGUUCUUACAGCGUGAUGGAUGGAUCUUCACAGCAGCUUGGUAUUGAUGCGCUUGACGAACUAGUGAAUAGCGCGAAGUCUGACAAGGAAGCUCUGGUCACAGCAAUUGAAGCUAUGAGAGCAAUGAGAUCUGCAGUUGAACAAGCUGAAGCAGCUGCACAACAGGCAAAGAGGGAUGCCAUGAAUGCUGGUCUGGACGUACUCGCCGAAGUUGAAGAGAUGCAAGAUAUGCUGGAUCAAGCUCGGGGCGCUAAUGAGAGGAAUUUCCUAGAAGUUUACGGAGAAAAGGCGGUUCUUAGAACUGAAUCGCAAGGACUGCAGCGUCGACUUCAACAACUGAAGGCAGAGAAAGAUAGAGCCUUAGCAGCUGUUCAAGAGAUGCGGGCAACUCUUCAAGCACGGAUUGAUCGUGCAAAUGAUGAGAGGGAGGCUGCUGAGGAAGAAAUGCGUCUGGAAGAAGAAAGAGCUCGGGCCAUGCUGGCUGUGGAGGCAGAGCUGACGGCUAAAGUUGCUGAAGAGUCACGAAGGCUUGAUGCCGAAGAGGAGGCAUGCACUAAGUUGCGGGAUUUCCUCAUCGACCGUGGCAGUAUUGUGGACUCUUUGCAGGGUGAAGUGGCAAUAAUCUGCGAAGAUGUGGAAGCUGUAAAAAAGCAACUGGAUGAAGGUAUUCUGUUUGGAGAAAGUGGCUUUUUGAAUAUGCUUGGCUCUCGCUCUCUUAGCAACUCUGGCAGUGUGAAAGCAGGUGACGCUGGUGACAGUCAUUUCGGUGCUCUCAACCAUUCUGGCAGCAGUUAUCGGAGUGUUACCAAGGGCGGAGAAGGUGAUGUUAAUAUUAUGGAUCUAUCCACCUCAGACGUUGUUGACCAAGCCUCCAGGGUUACUCCUACCCAUGCUGAAGAAUACUGUAGGACUGGACCUACGGAGUCUGAUACUGAUUUAGGUGGUGAUGACUGUUGGAAUUUCGUGGUAACGUCAUCUGGCAACAGCAAUGAAACCUCCGACUCAUUUCCAAGUUACGUGAAACGAAGCACAUCUAAUGCUGUUACAGCUUAAACCUUCAAGGUGAAUACCAUGAUGUGAUUUUUCAAGAGAUAAAAGAUUUAUUUCGGUCUAGUUUUGGUAAGUUUUCUGGAAAUAAACUCGUUGUAGUUCAACGGCAGUAGAUGCUCCAACGUAAUUGCGGCUUGCUAAUGACGAGGAAGUUGACAUUGGUGUUCCAAGUGCACGUUGGUGCAGCUCACUGGUGACCUCAGUAUUGUUACGUCUUGUUUAUAUAUUCACCUUCUCCGCUAAAAUAUAUAAAGCGGGGAAUGGUAGUUCAAGUUGUCUUCACCGUGUUAAUAGUAACAGGCUUUUCAUAGGGUUCUUUUCAAAAUUUAAAUGUAGAGACUUUCAUUCAGGUAAUUAGAACUUUGUGUCUGCUCAUUUUGGGAUGCAUCUAAGGCACUUGUAGUGGAGAGGGCACCCCCUUUAUUCAAUAUUUGCAUUGUCCCAAAUCUUGUAGACCUUGAGAUCCUUAGCAGCUCCGCGUUGGAAGAAAACUUGGAGAUUUUCAUAAUUGAAUCCUCGAAGCUCAACUUGAGCAUCACAUUAAGCCCUUC